GGCUCUUUGGGGCGCACUGAACCCCGCUCCUGCCGCCCGCCCGCGCCGCGCUCCGCCCGCCGCCCUCAGCGCAGCCCCUCAGGCGCGCACGCGCCGUUGCCGCGGUUACGGCGGACGCCGGGGCCACAAAAUGGCGGCGGCCGCCGCGCCCCCCCCCGCCCCUCACGGGUCCCCCCUGCCGGGACCCCGGCGGGCCCUGAGCCCCGAGCCCGGCCGCGCCCGGACCCCCGCGCCCCGGCCGCGCCCGGACCCUGCCGCCCAGCCUGCGGGAGGCCAUGGAGCGGCGCGGCCCCGUCCACGCGCUGCCCGAGGAGAUCCGCAAGGUACGAGCUGUGGAAAUGCCAAAGCCCAACAUUCAGGGCUCCUGCAGCAGUCCAGGGAUGUUGCACAGGCCUGUGAGCACCGGAGCAUCAUCUGUACAUUUUGGUCCUGGGUGAGGUUGGGUGUUGGGUUUCCUCACUCUUUGUGCGGUGUAAUUACAGUAAUUCCACAGGAACCCUGCAGAGGAACACCUGAGCCUGUGGCGGUGUUGUCGCUGCAGGUGAGUGUUGCAGAACACCUCGCCCUGCGCCGCUGUUGUCGCAGCAGAUGCCCCGGGAGCAGACAGUGUGCAAAUACUGCGGAGUCAGCUACCUGACACUCCACGAGUUUAAGGUGAUGGAAGACAAAGUCAAAGCAAUGGAGAAGGAGAUUAAAGUUUAUAAAGGAAGUCUAGAACGAGAGAAGAGGCUUCAGGCAGAAUUGCAGGCUCUUCACCACGACCUUGAGCGCUGCCGGGCUGAGAGCGAAUCCAAAACAGAAAGGAUAAAAACCCUGACAGUGGAACUCAAAACCAAGCAGGAGGAGGUGAAAACUGUGAAAGCUGAUUUGCAGUAUUUCCAGGAGGAGAAGGAAGCUGCCUACAAGCAGUCCCAGGUGCUCAGAACUGCCUUGGAUCACCAUUGCUCCACCCUGAACAAGGCAGUCUCACUGUUACCUUGCAUUAGGAGUGAAUUAGACAGUAUUAAAGAGGCCAUCUCCACCAACUUGGAGAACUUUGCUGCCAUGAAGGAAGAAAUUUUUCAGCAGAUAAAAGCCGUGAGCAAAGAAGCUCUGGCAGAAAUACCCAAAUUGAACCAAAGAUUGGCAAAAUCCCAGCAGGAGAACGAGCGUCUGCAGGAGAAGGUCAAACACCUCACUGGGGUGGCUGACACAGUGGAGCUGAAAACUCAGCAGCUCCAAACCUCCCUUCAGCAGGGGAACGAGCUCCAGAGUCGGUGCCGUGAGCUGCAGAAGGAAACUCUGGAUUUGGCAAAUCAGGUGGAGACAGCCGGCCUGCAGCUGCAGAAGGUGACAGCAGAGAUGGACCACUACAAGAAGCUGUUGCUGGUGAAGACAACAGAGCUUGAUGUCUGUCAAAAUGAACUGAAAAAGAUCAAAUAUGAAAAUGGAAUUGCUGAGUCCAGACUUACAAAAGAGCUGAAGGAAAAGGAGGAAUCCCUUCUCAUUUGCCAACAAGUCUGCAAACAUUUACAGGAGGAAGUGGCUGAGAAAGAAAGGAAAGAAGAAGAUCUGAAAAGAAGAACUGGGAGAUCAGAGAGUGAGCUGGAAAGCCUGAAAGCUCUCCUGAGCCAAACAGAGCAGGAGGUGCUGAUGCUGAAACAGGAAAGGGAGGUGCUGCUGGUGUCCCAGCAGAGCAGGACGGAGCAGCUGCAGGAGGUGCUGAGGCAGAAGGUGCAGAGCGAGGACUCCUGGAGGGACAAGCUGGAAAUGGACCUGGCCAAGGGGGAGGCUCGGCACAGAGAGGAAAUUCUGAAGGUCAGGGAAGAGGCCAGAGUGGAACUGGACCUGGAGAGACAAAAACAGCAGGAACUGAUCACCAAAUACCAGAGAGAGCACGAGGAGCUCCAGCAGAAGAUCCCAGGUUUAAUAUCCAGUGCCACCAAGAGCUUGAGGAUGGAGACAGAAAUCCUGGAGAAGAAACUCCAAGAUGCCCAAAUGAAACUGGCAGAGAGGGAUGGAGACAAGGAAAAAGAAAUCCAGAGCCUGAAAAGGCUGAUCAGUGAUCUGGAAUUCCAGCUGACCAUGGAGAAGAGCAACAACGAAUCAUUCCUGGAGAAGCUGAGAAAAGAAAUUAAGCACAAGUCAGAUGAACUGGAAAAAUUAACCCAGGAGAAGACACAGCUGAUUCACAGUUUGAGUCAAGUUCAAGAGGAGAACUCCCUGCUGCAGGACACGGUGCGCCGGGAGUGCGAGGAGCGCUUCGAGCUGACGGCGGCGCUGGGCCGGGCGCGGGAGCAGGUGCUGGAGCUGCGGAGGCUCAGCGGGGCCCUGCCGGGCUCGCCGCGCUCGCUGCCCGCCGGCGGCCUCCGCCUCUCCGGGCACCUGGGGCCGGUCCGGGCAGCCCGGGGCCCCGGCUCGGGCCGGCCCGGCAGCGCGGGCUCCCUGGAUGCCGUCCCGCCCAAGGGCAGCGCGGCCCCGCCGAGCGAGCCCCGCAGCCGCGUCCCCGCAGGGAUGAGGCGCCGGCCGAGCCAGCUCUGACAGCUCCGCUGGGAAAGCGCUGCAGCCUCCAAAGGAACGCCUGCCUGGAACCCCGAGCUCAUCCAUGCCUACAAGUGAAAAUCCAGUCAAUUUUUUAUUUAUUUUUGAUGCGAUAACUUUUAUCUGUCCGUUAAUUUAUUCAUGGUGUAAUUAAAUGCUGGCUGCAUUUCAAGAUGAGAAACGUAAAAAUAAUCUCU